AUGAGUGGUCACCCACCAAACGGCGAGUGGAAGGAGGUCCGGCGACGACAAAAACCUAAUCAGAGAGUCGGUGAGAAUGAAGUGCUCACGUCGUACUACGUGGUGGGCUUUCCGAAGGGGAUAAGGAAGGCGGAACUAAGGUUCCCUUUCGCGAGAUUUGGAACGGUAGCAGAUGUAUACUUUGCCGACAAACUAAACGCUCAGAGAAAAGACUUUGCCUUCGUCAGAUUCAAGGAUGUCGAAGAUGAAAGAAAGUUGGAGGUAAGGUUACAGGGUAUCAAAUGCAGAAACAAAACCCUUGAAGUGAAUUUAUCUAAACACCCCAGAAAACCUAUGCAAAGUCACGGAGAUGAUAACAGAGUUAGACAAAAACAGGGUAUCGGUAAAGCGUCGCCUCAAGUUUGGAGAAAAAGAGACCAUCGAUCUUUCGCUCAUGUGGCUGCGGGAUUUCCUGGCCAACCUCCAAAUCUUUCCCCGCCCCCAAUUAACCUUAACCCAAAUACAUAUAUGAGUGAAUGGCUGAAAAAAAAAGUGUGUUGA